CGGACGAGGGGAGUGGGCGGCGGGCCCGGCCCGGCCGCUCCGCACCUCUGCCGAGUUUGGCCGGCCCAGAAGGGCAGCCCAGAGUUGAGCAUGCAGGAAGUUUUGAGGCAGCUCGCAGAGUAGCGCGGCGGCGGUGAGCGCUGCUUCGCGUGCUCUGGGGUCUGGGGCUAUUUUUUUUUUUUUUUUUUCGGGGAUUUGUGCCUUUUUCCCUCCCACUGCAUACAACUCCCCCAAACACACAAGCAACCCGCAACAACCCAAAAGUCCGGUAAGGAGGAAGAGAACACGAACGAGGGAAGCACCCUCGGCGGGAGAGCAGAGCCCGUUUCUUGGCAGACACGGUCCCGCUCGCAGCCGGUCCCAAUGCAACUGCUCAUCCUCCUCCUGCUCUACGCCGCCGUCUGUGCGAACUUCUGCAGCCGGCAGGGCACCACCGCCCCUGCCCAGAGCGGAUCUAUAAAAGCCCUGCGGGCUUCCAACAUCAGGCGAGAUGAGAGCAAUCACCUCACAGACUUGUACCGAAAGGAAGACACCAUCAGCGUGGCAGGGAACGGCUGCAUCCACAGUCCUCGCUUCCCCAGCAGCUACCCCAGGAACCUCCUGCUGACGUGGCGCCUCCACUCCCCAGAGAGCACCAGGAUCCAGCUGGCUUUUGACAAUCAGUUCGGGCUGGAGGAACCCGAGAAUGAGAUCUGCAGGUAUGACUUUGUGGAAGUGGAAGAUGUAUCAGAGACCAGCACAGUUAUUCGAGGACGGUGGUGUGGACACAAGGAAGUACCUCCAAGAAUAACAUCAAGAACAAAUCACAUAAAGAUAACCUUCAAAUCCGAUGACUACUUUGUGGCUAAACCUGGAUUCAAGAUAUGUUACUCUCUUGUGUGUAGCUCGAAAGAGGCAGAUUUUGCAAACACUCAGGAAAUGGAUGAUUUCCAGCAUGCAGCCUCAGAAACCAACUGGGAGUCAGUCACAAGCUCUGUCUCAGGGGUAUCCUAUCCCUCUCCAUCAGUGACUGACCCUACGCUCACGGCGGAAGCACUGGAUCAGACCAUUGCUGCAUUUGACACAGUGGAGGAUCUGCUCAAACACUUCAACCCAGACUCCUGGCAAGAAGACCUUGAGAAUCUCUAUACAGACAGUGGGCAUCAUUAUCGAGGCAGGAGCUACCAUGACAGGAAGUCCAAAGUUGACCUGGACAGGUUGAAUGAUGAUGUGAAGCGUUACAGCUGCACUCCAAGGAACUACUCUGUCAAUUUAAGGGAGGAGCUGAAGCUGACAAAUGUAGUUUUCUUCCCCCGCUGCCUCCUUGUCCAGCGCUGUGGUGGAAACUGUGGCUGUGGGACUCCAAACUGGAAAUCCUGCACCUGCAUGUCAGGGAAAACAGUGAAGAAAUACCAUGAGGUGCUGAAGUUCGUCCCUGAGGCUGGGCAUACCAAAAGAAGAAGCAAAAAAAAGAACAACAUGUCCUUGGUAGAUAUACAGCUGGAUCACCACGAGCGUUGUGAUUGUGCCUGCAGUUCAAGACCACCCCGAUAAAAAAGGAAAAACAAAGAAAGAAAAGGAAAAACCAGACACACUAAUUGCAUCUUACCAGACAUUUACUUUCAAGCAGGAUUGCUCUGAGGACCUUUACUCACUAAUCAUUUGAAAUUUGCUACUAGCCUGCCUUUGCAAUUAGCAAAAAUCAUUGCUGUGCUGAUUAGUGUCAUGGCGACUAAACAGAUAUAUCAUACAUUUAUGUAUCAGCAUCCAAGAAUUUAGGAUUGUGGUUAUCUGUAGCUAGAUUCUGAAGGUUGAGAUUUUAAAAACUA